GAUUUCUCUCUCUCCCGCAGGGUUUUAGCUCCGAUUUCUUAAAACCCGAGGCCAUGGCGGCGAUGAGAGCAGCAGUGGCGGCGCCUCGCGGUCUAAGGCGCCUAUUCUCAACCACGACAACUUCAACCUUCAUGCCUCCUCCCCCCUCGGCGGCGGCUCCUGGUCGAGAGAAGGCCGACCCUAGUCCCAACCUCUUUGUCUCUGGACUUAGCAAACGUACUACUACAGAAAAGCUACGGGAGGCAUUUUCCCAGUUUGGUGAAGUUGUUAAUGCUAGAGUGGUUACUGACAGAGUAUCAGGUUACUCUAAAGGGUUUGGCUUUGUAAGAUAUGCCACCGUAGAAGAAGCUGCAAAAGGCAUUGAGGGCAUGGAUGGAAAGUUUCUGGAUGGUUGGGUGAUAUUUGCGGAGUAUGCAAGACCAAGACCACCACCGGGACAACCUGGACAACCUAUGCCUCCUCCGUAUGGCCAGCAGUACUAAUUCCGAUUAUUUGCCUCGUAAUUGUACCUCAUUGAAUUGGUGUUACAUUUGAUGAUUAGAAGAAAAAACAUUAUUUUAUAAAAUCAUGGGAAAUCUUCUAUUUCCUCAAAGUUUUGCAUGUCUGUUAUGGGAGAUCAACCUUAUGAACUAAAUAUUAUUGAAAUGCAAAGGGAUUUGAGUUAAUGCAGGAACGCAUACGAUCUUGAAUCUUUGGUGGAUA